AUGGCUACAUCUCCUCCUUUGCAGCAUCCUGCCUCCGACACAACUGUCUUCCUCGACCAACCCCCGAGCUGCCUGCAAUUCUGCCCCGCAAUUCCCGACUGCUGCAUCAUCGGCACCUACUUGCUGUCCGAACAGAAGGAUGAAUCGAACGACUCGAACAUCAAACAAACAAAAACAGGCUCUCUACAGCUCUGGCGCAUAGACCCCUCCACUAAACAACUCACCUUCCUCUGGAAACACCCUUUGCCAUACGCCGUCUUCGACCUACAUUUCCACCCUCGCGAUGCCUCGCUCCUUUCCAUCGCAACGAGCGCAGGCUCAGUCGCCUUCUUCCGUCUCACGCCUGACGAGCACAACCGGACUCCCACCCUAACCCCACUCCUUACACAAUCCGUCCACGAGGACCCCUCGAUCCCCGCGCUCUUCCUCGCCUGGACGCCCUCAACCUGGCCAUCGCCAACCCCGAAUGGCACCACGACGACAACCCCUCUCGACGCAUUCGCCGUCACAUUUUCCGACAGCCGCACCACGAUCUUCCAAUACACCCCCGGGCCCUCCGCUCAUGCACCUCCGAAGAUCACCGAACUAGACACCUUCCCCGCCUCCCAAGCCAUCGAAGUCUGGUUUGCCGCUCUCGCGACCUUCCCCGAGUCUACUUCCAAGCAGGAGAUCCCCUACAUCUUCACAGGCAACGACUUCGGCGCCCUCCACACCCGCCGUUACACCAUCACAUCCGAGACCAAUCACCUGUCCGUUCUGCUGGACCACCACGACCGCGCCCGCCACCACACCGCAGGCGUAACCUCCAUCUUACCCUUACCCCUCCCGCUCAAAGACGACAGUCCCGUGAUUCUAACGGGGAGCUACGACGAGUCCCUCCGCGUGUAUCACGCGACCAGACGGGGGGAGGUCCUCGCGGAGAUAGGGCUGGGCGGGGGCGUGUGGCGGCUGCAGCUGCUGUCAGCAUCGUCGUCGGCCGAAGCGGAGGAAGAAUGGACGGGGCUGGUCUUGGCGAGCUGCAUGCACGGGGGCACGCGAGUGGUGCGGGUGCGUUGUUCCGGAGGGUCAGAGUGGGAGUUGGAGGUGCUGGCUGAGUUCACGGAGCAUGAGAGCAUGAACUAUGCGACGGAUGUGUGGAGGCCUGCCGGGGGCUAUGAGUUACCGAUCCAUAGCAGCGACGAGCAGCAGGAGGUUCUCUGCUUGUCGAGUAGUUUCUACGAUCGGCGAGUGUGUCUGUGGCGGGUUCGGGUAUAG